AUACUAGCGCGCGCACACGCUCUUCUCAGGCGCCCAGGUCUUCUGUCCAUCACAGACAGAAACAUUUACACACGUAGGCCAGGAAAGCGCUAACCGCGGUACUGUGACUCCACGGAGGUCCCCAGGACACGCCUUUUACAUGGUUAUUGAACCGAUCAGCGAACACAGACAAACGUGCCAACCCUUAAAUCUACUCUCUGGAUUUCAUCUCCAUGGCAACAAGCAUGGAAGGCCAAGAGGUGACUUCGGCAGGAAUUCUGAAGACCCAAAAUGAUGUGACAGUGAAUUAUGAGUAGUACCUACUGUGGCAACACUUCUGCUAAGAUGAGUGUCAACGAAGUGUCAGCUUUCUCAUUGACUCUGGAGCAGAAAACUGGCUUUGCUUUUGUUGGGAUUUUGUGUAUCUUCUUGGGACUUCUUAUUAUCAGAUGCUUCAAAAUCCUGUUAGACCCAUAUAGUAGCAUGCCUUCCUCUACAUGGGAAGAUGAAGUAGAAGAGUUUGAUAAAGGGACAUUUGAAUAUGCACUUGCCUGAAUGUUCCAGCUUUACAGUUUUUAGGGUUAUACUGCUGGAACACAUGAUGGACACAGUUGUAAUUUCCUUCAGUGUGCUGGAAGAAGCUAAUUUCAUUCACUAAAUUCAAUAAAUGUGUGUGGUUAAUUUCUCCAUGUAAGUGAUAAACCACUGUUGGAAUUUUUCACUUUCCUCUGUCCUCACACUGAGUUUUCUAAUGAAUAAGUAAGUA